AUGAAAAUUGUUGAGAAACUUAAGAAAUUUGCUACUGAACUUGGUGAAAAUGAUAAUAUUUUAACGCAUUUAUGUGACGGCCUCGAAAAGUUUCUCGGCUUCAACUCUGAGUCCAAAGGCUACACUGGCCAGGGGAUUGUGUACUCUGACCUGGAUAGGCUGUGUGACGGGGUGAUGGGAUUUUUGAGUGGUGUGCUUGAAGCAGUGAAAAACGAAAAUGAAGUGACAACUUAUGAUGUUAACCGCGAAAAUAAGCUUAGUAAAGUGCUUACAACUUUAAACGACAAUAUAGGUAAAGGCAGUAAAGGCCUUGAGACGGCCCUGGGCGACGUAACCUGGUGGCUUGGAGAUUAUGAGAUAGACUUGAUUAAAAAAACCGAGCGAGUGACGGAAUAUUUGGGUAAGUUCGUACAUGAUUUGGGUGAUAAACAUUUUAUUUCUGUUUCAGGCAAAGACUCAAGACCUCUGGUAGAGCAGCUGCACGCGUGGAAGACUACAGUUUAUCAAAUUGAUAAAGACAUUAACAACGCUGAGACAAAUUACAUUAAUGUGUUAGACAGUACUCUAAAAUCUAAAAUUAAAUGCGAAACACAUAUGAUUAGCGAAGCUGUUAAAAUGUUUAAUAAGAGUGCUUGGGAUGAGGUAUUCGAGGGGCAGGUGAAACAGGUGGAUGAGAUUAUACGUGAUGAGCAAACAAAAUUGUUGACAGUGGUCGGCAAUCAAGUGUAUCAACUGGAGGACAGAUUGGAUCGAGAAUUCACCAAAAUCGACAGCAAAAUCGUCGACCUUGAGAUGACUAAAAAAUCAGAAUUCAUCGACUUUGAAAGGGUUCUGAAGGAAGCUCGAAGAUUUUUGUAUGAAGAUUUUGACAAGGAUUAUACAAACAACAUCGCAUUUAAGUUCACAGAGAUAAUCAGGGCAGUUGAGAAACUGCAUGGAGAUCUCUUCGUGAAAAAAGCGGAGCUCGAAGGAUUGGUCAGCGAAAUGCAAGGGACGCUGAAGAUGCUGUCGGACAAUUUCGAGACCGAUGUGAAAGCAGGUGUAAGGGGAAAUUUAAGUGAAAUGAAAACGUCAAUUAACGAGAUAAAAAGCCAUAUCAAUGACAGUACAAAUAACGGUAGGGGUUUGCUUGGCGCUCUGUUGAAAGAUAUCGAAAACGUCCAAUCAGAGGUUGUAAAGAAAGUUAGCUUAAUUGAAGAGAAGUCUAAAAGCUUGGAUAGUAAGUACAGCGGUGAUUCCGAAAAGUUUCAUGAACAAUUCAUUAAUUUAACGUCGAGUGUAGCAGAUCUACACACGUCUGGAAUCAGUAGUGGGCUGCGUACUUGGGUUCACAGGGUUGGUGGACAGUUGAAGGAGCUUGAAAAGAUUCAUGAGACGGUCCAUGGAGAGGUAAUGCAGUCGUUAAGUCAAGUAACGACUGCAUUGAGCGAGCAAAUAGUGAGCCUCAAGAGGCAGAUUAACGAGAAAUUGGUGGCGUAUGUAAACAAGUUGGCGAAUGCAGAUGAUAGUGACCUAAAUGAAUGGGAACAAGUCUUCACCGAUGCCAAAGUAUAUCCUGGAAGAAAUAAUAUACGUGAUAUGAAAGCCGCAAUAAAGAAGGACUCUACCAGAAUAGCCGGGCAGCUAAAUGCUCAAGUUGAGCAGGCAAAUGAAGACAUCAACAGUUUUGCAACUGCGGCAGCGAAAGAGGGUACCAAUAAAUUUAAAGAGACGCUUGACAAUAAAAUUAACAAGCAUAGUAACAAUGGUGUGAGUGGGGGUAUAUGUGGGUUAAUUAAAAAGGAAUUUGAUAAACUCAUAGGACCAUUCAAUGACAGCGAAGUACAUCCUUUCCGCAGGGCAUUUAGGGAUUUCGAUAAGCAGCUAAAGAAGUUGAAGAAACAGUCUUCAGCUACGCUGGAGAUAGAGUCAGAAAUCAAAUCACUUGUGGGAUACUUGGGUAGUGCUGUUACUAACCUUGAACAAGACAUUGAGAAAUUUGGCAGUACUGCAGCUGCACAUACGAAGAAUUCGGCCAGAAUUGCAAUCGGAGAGGCUGCGUCAAAAAUAGCCGCGGAAAUUGAGAUGUUCGAAGAAAACCACGCCGACGCGUUUGUUGGUACUCAACUCGGUGCGAAGGUACAAGAACUAAGAAAACACAUAACCAAACUAGAAACGUAUGUUACAAAUGAUGGUAAGGGGGCGAUUGAUUCAAAUAUUAAAGAGAUACAUACGAAAGUUCUCGAUAGCCUUGGCAACCUUAUUAGAGAAAAUGAUGGUGUCUCAGGCGGUGAGCAGUCCGAUUUAAUAAACAAGAAAAGGGUUGAAACGCAUAAGAAAAUGGAAGCUCUGAAAAACGAAAUGAAGGAUAAGCUAUAUGCUAUGGAAUUAGAAACUGCGGAAGCAAGUGACAAAUUAGCUGCCGUUAUAAAACGCGUACAGAUGUCUCUUCAAAAAGCCCACAAAUCGUCGACUGAUGCCGUCAUUAAGAUAAAAAAUGAGAUUACCGACGCCGUCACAAAAGCGUUCCAAAUAAUCACAGAGGAAGUACAAAAACUUUUCGCCAGGCAAAAAACAGCUGACCUUUUGGCUCUGAAAGAUCUAGUUAACCGACAGUUGAGAACGGUAAAACGCAUAAUUAAGAAAGAUUUAGAAAGCGGUAACAAAGGCUUCCUAAAGACCUUGGCAGAUAGUGUAACUAAAUCGUCGAUUGGAAAUAAAGCGCAUAUUAAGUUUCUGGAAGCUCCGGAUACAAGAACGAAUGUUCAUACAGCAUCCGAUGCAUUCCGCAAAUGCUACUGGGGAAUUGAGGCGUAUUUAAAAAAAGAGAUCACCAGACUGCAUAACGACAAUACGUCAAGCACCAACCCUGUGAACGCAGAUGAAUCAAGUUACACUAAUCGAUUCACCGGUGUAGGUGGCGCAUUAACGACAUUACUUGAGCACAUUAGCGAGCAAAACAAGUACGACCACCGCGUCCCCUCCAUGCUGUCCGACCUCCGCGCCGCUGUCACGGCCCUCAAGCCUGACGGCUUUUCCACGCCGAACGCUGCCACGUUGGACUGCAUCACGAGCGGGCUCACUAAAUUCGCAGAUGAGCUGGACAAGGCGUACGUGUCGGUGUAUGAUGGGCAUCCAGAUCCAAUUGAUUUCAGUCAACUGAUAGUAACUAAGCCAGCACCUGUACCUAAAGAACCUAAACAGAAAGUUGAUAAUUCACAACCAUCUCAGGAUGUUUUAACUGCGGAGGGUGAGAAGUUGUGUAAAGUGUUCUUCACCUUACUAGAGAUUUUGCUUUAUGAUUUUACGUAUUUAAAGGAGGAGUGUGGUGAGCGCUGGAAAACUGAGAAACUCUGUCAGAAUGACGGAGGUAGAGAAAAUCCCCUCGGAAUAUAUUUACAGCGCUGCGGUUACGAAGUCGCACAAAACGAAAGUUCCAAGGAUGGUGAAUUGAGGUGCCACGAAGAGAUGAAGGGUGAGAAGAUACAUAAUACAUUUAUAGUCGGUGCAUAUCCUGCAUUAUUCGACACCGAUAAAGAUGCAACACGCGCUUUCCAAACACUUGCCGACUGCCUAAAUCUCUAUUACCAAGUGUGCCACUACUCCACGUUAUUCUCGAAGAAGCAUCCAUCGUCCGUGUACCAAAUGCUCACGUGGUUCAGCGGCCUGCCACAUAGUCCCGUGUAUGAUGACCUAUCGCUCAACGGUUUCGGAGGCCUAUUCAAAAAGCCGGAGCACGACGACAGCGAGGAGCCUACUAUCUCGUUUGGAGAUGUAAGUUACGAAUCACAUGAUGCCUACCCUGCGCCUAUUACAGCAACAGGUCUGUCACAAACGCUGACCGAAGUAUGCACCAACGCCCAUUCUACACUGACCGCCAUUCUGGGUCACGGACACGCAGGAGGCACAUACGCCGUUGACUACAAUACCAACGCAGCCGGACUAGCGUAUCCAGCCAACCCAAGUCAGUGCUUAGACCUGCUGGUUGAGCUGGCACUCAGGUUGUACCACCAGUUGUGUUUCCUACACGUUCAGUGCUCGCGCAAAGACUACGCUGUAUCAUGGCGUGACUGUUACUACGGUCGGUACGUCGCCGGGUCAGACUGGAGGUGCAAUGACAAGCAAUGUGUCAACCAAAUGGGUAACCAAAUAGCUGACCAAAAGGCCAACCAAACGUGCGGUCAAACGUGUGAGCAACAUCCAAAGUGCGGACUCAAGUCACCACUCCAAUCAUUCCUGGAAGAUGGGCUGGCCGGUUUCAUACCGCAUCCAUACAGCAAGGCUAACUGUAAGUUAUCAUGUGAUAUGGCCAACCACCGUGGCUUGCCGUGCAAGACUCCGAUGGGAUUCGGUGAAAUUAGCGUCAAAGCCUCGCAUACGCAGAAGGGUGAGCAUAUUGCAGAAGCAUUAGCAGAUUUUUGUGGCAAGCAAAACUCGCCCCUCGUUAAGCUGUGCGCUCAACUCACGUGCUUACUACAACGAGUGCCGCAGACCUUAGACGAUCUGUUCUCAUUCUACUACAACCUGCUCAAUGGGUGGGAUAAUAUGAAGAUUAAGAAAUGUAUGCUGCACAGGGAGAAAGCGUUAGAGGCUGCAGUUACUGGCGCCUACUUCGGCGAAGCAUACCCGGAACUGGACAUCACUCCGAUGUUUAAGAGCGGUGAGAAAAACGACACUCAGCAUUCUAAGGGCAAUGUGUUGUGCGUCGUAAACUGCAAUAAUACCUCGCCAACUGCUACCUGCGGCCGGUAUCUCUUGCCUCUUAGCGUCAACGCGUGGAGUGUUUACUCGGAAAAGAACGCCGACAAAUACCUCUCGUGGAUCGUGUACCUCACCGAGACAUUCUAUCAAUGGCUGCAACAGCUGUAUAAUGAGUGUUGCAAUUAUUGCAAUAAGCCGGGCAGCAGGUGUUUCGGCAAAGUCUGUUCCAAAACGUGCCCCGUUAAAUCUGCUUAUGCAUCCGAGGAGGCAGCCACUAAUCUUGUCGGCAAAAAGCAUACCAGAGACUGCAAGUCCAUUGCCAACUGCCCCUCCACUCGUCCCACUUUAUGUAGAUACGGCUUCGUAUUUAACAGCUCAUCGAAUCUAAGCGGCGCUAAAUUUGACGAGACCAAGCGUACGUGCAACGAUAUCUGCCAAGCUUUGCAGAAAGUGCUCAGUGACAAAGAAGCUGACGAAGCUCCACUCGCGGUACUGAUAUACAGAACCAUACCGCAAUUCCUUUGGGACAUCAGACAGAAAUUCUUCUGGCUCAACGUCGCCCUCUGGUCACUCUCGUUCCUCUACCUCAUCCACAUCAUGGUCAUCCGCCUCGACCUGCUCCACAUCAAAUCGCAUUUGCACUCACCAUCAUCACAUCGCAUUGCUGCUCAAUCACUACUUGCUGCUGGACGUGUUGGCAAGCUUAACAGAGUGUUUUACCUGCAACCAUAA